AUGAAUAAUGGCACCGAUUCAGAAACGGCUGCCCUGGCUGCGCCGAAAGGCGAGGUGUCGGACUUCUCGCAUCCCGAUCGCUACUUACACACCGCUAAUAAGGUAGUGGUGAUCGUCGGCUUGGUGUUGAGCACGCUGUGUUUGUUGAUGCGAUGCUAUACGCGUGGCUUGGUCAUGAGGAGGCUAUUGCUGGAUGAUGUGGUUCUUGUUAUUUCGUGGGUGUUUGCCGUGGCUACUCAGGCGUUGCUACUAUACGGGUAUAGCGAAGCAGGCAUCGGGGUCCACGAAUGGGAUCUCCACGAAAGCGAACACAUCAAGUCCAUGCGGGUCCUGGUAGCCGGCGCCCUGCUCUACGCCCCAGCCAUGGGCUUCUCCAAACUCGCCGUCAUCGCACUCUACUACCGCUUCUCAGAACUGCGGACCACAUGGAAGGCCACGAUCAUCGGCAUGGCCAUUUUCGUGGCGUCGUAUCUGCUGGUCAUCGAGUUACUUUUUCUAUUCGGCUGUCGCCCCAUCGCCAAGGCCUGGAACGACGAUAUUGCCGGGACGUGUGUCAAUCGCACGACGAUCUUCAUGACCGGGGCCGUGGCUAGCGUCAUUACGGAUAUCAUCCUACUUGUGAUCCCUCUCCCUGUGGUGAAACGGCUACAGAUGCCGUGGAGGAAGAAGGCCUGGAUCUUCCUGGUCCUUCUCCUAGGAAGUUUGUAUGGUUCUCCUAUACCAGAUCACCUUUUCUCGCCAUAUCCGACCAAUACUGAUGAUUGCUCUUUCACACUUUCUAGAUCAGUCGUAACCAGCGGGCUUCGCAUCUCCGCUAUCAUCCCCCUCUUCGACUCCAAAGACCAAACAUAUCUAUUCGGAAAAGUGGCUCUCUGGAUCAACGUCGAAUCAAACCUCGUCAUCAUCUGCACUACACUCCCCGCUUUCCGCCAGAUCCUACGAAUCCACGAAGUCGGCUCCAACGGCAAGAUCCGACGACCGCAGCGAACAGCGAGCACGUAUCAGCUGCGGAAUACGCGCCGCGAACACGGCUUCACGAAUCUCAGCACGGACCUCGAGAUGGAUGAUAGCCAGAGUCAUCCGCCGUCGAGGGAUCAUGAUAACAUGAACGGAUAUAUUGAACCGAUAAGGACGAGAGAGACGCCGAAACAGUAA